UGAUUGGAGGAAUUGUGCUGCCAAUAAUAGAGCCCGCCCCCUGAGUUCCUGACUCGUUCACUGUCAAUGAGGCACUGAGGUCAAGAGAAAUAAGCAUGGCCGCUUUGUUUAGAGGGUGUCGGAAUUUUUAUAUAAGAAGCAAUAAACAUGUGGAGCUCACAUUCGUGUCCUGUAGAUCAAUGGCCUCCAAGACCCCAGUGGGUUUUAUUGGACUGGGUAACAUGGGGACACCUAUGGCUAGAAACUUACUGAAGCAUGGAUAUCCUGUCAUUGCUACUGAUGUCUUCCCAGAGUCUUGCAAAGAGCUUCAGGAUUCAGGAGCACAGAUCCUGGAUUGCCCCGCUGAAGUGGCUGAUAAAGCUGACCGGAUCAUCACCAUGCUACCAUCCAGCCCCAAUGUCAUUGAGGUUUACACAGGUCCCAAUGGCAUCCUUAAGAAAGUAAAAAAAGGCACCCUGCUCAUUGACUCCAGCACCAUUGACCCAGCAGUGUCAAAAGAAAUGGCUGUUGCUGCUGAGAAGAUGGGUGCAGUGUUCAUGGAUGCUCCGGUAUCAGGAGGUGUUGGUGCAGCUAGUCUGGCUAAACUCACCUUCAUGGUGGGCGGAGUCGAGGAGGAAUAUAAUGCUGCCCAGGAACUUCUCACCUGUAUGGGAGCAAAAGUAGUGUACUGUGGCCAAGUGGGAAGUGGACAGGCAGCAAAAAUAUGCAACAACAUGCUGUUAGCAAUUGGCAUGAUUGGUACAGCAGAGACCAUGAACCUCGGAAUUAGACUGGGUUUGGAUCCGAAGCUGCUGGCAAAGAUUCUGAACAUGAGCUCAGGGCGAUGUUGGUCCAGUGACACAUAUAACCCCGUCCCAGGUGUCAUGGAAGGAGUGCCUUCCGCAAACAACUACCAGGGAGGCUUUGGCACAACGUUAAUGGCUAAAGAUCUUGGUUUUGCUCAGAACACCGCGACCAGUACCCGGACCCCAAUUCCUCUUGGUUCUUUGGCACACCAGAUCUACCGCGCCAUGUGCGCUGGUGGCUACUCUAACAAAGACUUUUCCUCCGUCUUCCAGUUCUUACGAGAGGAGGGGGGACAGUCUGUGUAAUCCGGUUCAAGUGGAUGUGACCCAGACUCUGUGUGGGUUAAAACGGACAUUAUGAUAAGCCAGUUAAGUGUUGAUAUGCAUGUGUGUCUGUUUUGAAAGUGAUGUUGUAUGUUGAAGUUAAUGAGUGUGGCACUGAGAGUCUGAUAACUCUGUUAGGUUGUAGCCUGAUGUUGACAUUUAAAACUUUGCAGAACCAUUUUUAAAUAGUUCUGUAUGACCGGUUCAAACUGUUACACAAAUUACUAUACAAAUCACACAUUUACCUGCGUUUGUUUACAAUCAUUUGUUUUCAUUUCAUUGUACUUCGACCCAGUUUUGAGCCAAAAUUGAUUUUAGGUCCUGAUCAGAUGCUGCUAAAAUGCUUAAGGAUCCGACAUACCUCAUCCAUGCCAGUUUUGCUUAAACUGAAUCUAAACUGUGAAAAAUGUUACAGAAAAGUAGGAAGUCUCUCAUUUUUUCUGGAGUUUGCACACUACAUAUUACAACUGACUGCUGUUUUACACAAAUAGUUAAUAAAUUUACAUCUCUAUAUUA